AUGUCCGUCACAGUCGCGCUGGCUCAGAGGGCGAAAGCCGAAGCCGAGCGUCGGAAAGCGCCACGCGCGGAGCGGAGCGCGCAAGUCCUUGGGGCGCCAUGCAGAGGCCGGGCGGAGGGUCGGAGCGUCGAGACCUUCUUGCCGCUCAAUCGGGACCCUCUGCCGGAGGAAACCCGGGAGACGAAUGCGGCCUUCGGGACGGGGAGCUCUUCGGUGCUAUCGCCUAUGUCGGCCUACUUCGAUGGCCCCCCGUCCUUCUUCGCGCCGGCCCGCGAGCCGCGCGCCGAAGGUGCCAGCCAUAGCGGCCACGCGCAUGCGGCGCCGCACGCGCAGCAUGCGCCCGCGCAUGCGCCGCAGGCGCAUGCGCAGCAUUCGCCGGUGCAGCACUCGCAUCACAUGAUGCACCAACUUCCCCAUGGCCUUCGGAGCGAGCCUUCGCCCUCCGGGCCCUCCGGGCCCUCUGGGCCCUCCGGGUCCGUAUCUCGGAUGGAGCGAUCCGGGUCCGGAAGGCAGCAGGUGAGCCUGCAGGCGGGGCUGGCACAGCCCUUCAUGCCCUUCGGUAUGAGCGCCGUUUCCGGCACUGGGGUCACCGGCAGUUCCGCCGCGGGCUCCGCCGCCGCAGCUUCCGCCGCAGCGUCCGGCGCGUCCAGCUCGAUGCCAGUGAACCCGGGGCUGCAGCCCAUGUGCAUGGGGCCCACCUUGCUCCAGUCGCGGCCGGCCAACCGGAGGGAGGGCAAGGAGGCGGAAAAGCGGGCGGCCCAAGGACGGGCGCCCUGCCCCAUCGCGGUGUACGUGGACUUGUCGUCUCUGAAGGUAAAGGAGCGGAAGUGA